AUUGACUGCAGAAUCCAUUGCAAGAGACUUUUACCUUGUUGCAUAAUGCGGCCAAGUCAAGUUCCUGCAGCAGCCCAGGUGUUCGGGUUCUGCGAGGAUCCAGACACUCACGAUGUGAAAGUGCUAUGGGUUCAAGUCGUUAUUUUUGCAGUCUUUGUUGGACUGAGAUUAUACACGAGAUCUCAAAUCCUGCACUCUGUCGGAGCAGAUGAUUAUCUCGUCAUCAUCGCAUUGGUCUUCCAGAUCAUCUACUCCGCCUUCGUCACAGCCGGAACAAAAUACGGUCUCGGUCGCAAAUUCGCAGACGUUGGCAAUCCCGAUGCAUACUUCCGAGCCGUGGAGCUAGAAAUCUACAGCCAAGUAGCCGGAUUAAUGGUAAUCGGUCUUGGAAAAUGCGCUGUCGGUAUCUUUUUACUUCGCAUCGUACGGAACAAAUUCCAGAAGGCUUUCAUCUGGGCUUUUCUAGCAGGAACGGUGUUCAUCACGCUGUUUUCGAGUAUUGUUGUCGUUGUACAGUGUGACCCUGUGCAGAGGACUUGGGAUCGACGGGUUCCGGGGACGUGUUGGAUUGACUUUUCCAAGGUCGGGUUGACUGUUGGAUCUUGGUUUGUCGUUGCGGACUUUUGUUUCGCGAUUCUUCCGUGGUUCGUCAUCUGGGAGCUUAACAUGAAGCGCAAAGAGAAGAUCACUGUCGCAUGCGGUCUCAGUCUUGGUAUCUUUGCUGGUAUCUGCGGCAUUGUCCGCACCGUCGCUCUCAACGGGUUGAACGCCAGUGAAUACAUCUACGACACAGUGGACAUGCUCAUAUGGUCCGCAACGGAAAGCACCGUGACAAUCAUGUGCUCCUCCAUCCCCGUCCUCCGCCCUCUCUACGUGCGCUUCAGAUACGGCAGCCAAGGCGACAGCUCCGGCGCGGCCAGUUCGUACAAACUCCCCAUGUACGGCAAUCACAGCGGUCGAAAAUACGGCAACGGUUCAAUGCCCGGUACAGAAACAAUUGGCGGCAGCGGUCCUUCAAACAGAACAGUCAUUGCAUAUAAUGCGAAUGCCAGCGACGAGAGUAUACUUCGCGAUACAAAGACUCAGAACGAUAGUAGUGGGAUUAGAAGGACGGAUGAAGUAUCGAUAAGUUAUGGGAAACAAGACGCUAGAGACGCAAUCAGUGAGUGGAAGUAA